AUGGCGACGCAGAGCCAGGAUGAAAAGAACUUGGAUGUGGAGGCGUACAGUGACUCUCCCGUGAAGCAUUCCAACAUGUCCCUUGAAACGGAGAGCAGUGCCUCCUUGGACGAGAAGGACCUGCGGGCACCGAGGAGUGGGAGGGCUGCUCAAACAUCCCCCUCCCAUUGGAGGGCUCAUGAGUCGUAUGUGGAACUUCAUGAAUUGGUCAUGGACAAGAACAGUGAACUGCGCUGGAUGGAGGCCUCUCACUGGAUCAAGCUGGAAGAAGACUUUGAAGAACUGGGCCACUGGGGGAGGCCUCACCUCUCGUACCUGACUUUCCACAGCCUUAUGGAAGUGCGCAGGGCUUUUACCAAAGGAAUCGUUCUUCUAGAUCUUCCAGAGAGGAGUCUAGCUGGGGUUGCCAACCAGAUACUUGACCACAUGAUCGAUGCCGGGAGUCUCAAAGCACAGGACCGAGAGGUGGUUUUAAGAACUCUUCUACUUCAACACAGCCACCCUGAUGAGUCAGCUUCGCUGGGCACACUUCCCCCUGGGCAGCUGCGACAAACCGACGGCAAAGAUGCGGAGACAGCCCAGCCGCUUUUGCAAGAGCAUCACUCCAUAGAGAUGAAGACCUUUCCCCCGAGCUCCGAACAGGAACAGCCGAGACCUCAUGGUUUUAAGAAGCCGCUGUUAGAGAAGAUCUUACCUGAUUCAGAAGCUACACUGGUCCUUGUCGGCUGCGCCCCACUACUGGAUCGUCCCACGCUGGCUUUCGUACGCUUGAAGGACGCUGUAGAGAUGGACUCAGUCUUGGAGGUCUCUGUGCCCGUCAAGUUCCUUUUUGUGGUCUUGGGCCCAGAUCCCCACUAUACCACCUAUCAUGAGAUCGGGAGAGCCAUCGCAACCAUGAUGUCCGAAAGGGUGUUCCGCCACGACUGUUACUUGGCCGAGGAACGGCAAGAGCUGGUGAAGGGACUGGAGGAAUUCCUGGACUGCUGCAUCGUCGUUCCGCCUUGUGAGAUCGCCAACGAACAGCUCUUCAAGACCUUGUUGCCCAUUCAGAAGGACCUCUUGCGGAAGAGAUACCUCCCGCCAGAAAAGAAGCCAGAGCUCAUAAAGGAACUGGAGCAACAACUGAAAGAGGAGGCCCUCACUCCAGAAGACGACAACCCGCUACGCAGGACCCGCAAGCCUUUUGGCGGGCUGGUGAACGACAUAAAAAGGCGGUACCCCAAAUACCUCAGUGACAUCAAGGAUGCUCUCAAUGCCCAGUGCCUGGCAGCCGUCAUCUUUAUUUAUUUCGCGGCGCUUUCUCCCGCCAUCACCUUUGGGGGCCUUCUGGGUGAGAAGACUCUAAACAUGAUGGGCGUAUCGGAGCUUCUGGUCUCGACGGCGAUUCAGGGGGUCCUCUUCUGCUUGCUUGGGGCACAGCCUCUGCUGGUGGUGGGUUUCUCGGGCCCCCUCUUAGUAUUUGAGGAAGCCUUUUAUAAGUUUUGUUCUGAUUUCGGCAUGGAGUACAUUGUGGGCAGAGUCUGGAUCGGCUUCUGGCUCAUCCUCUUGGUGGUGGUGGUGGUGGCUUUUGAAGGCAGCUUCCUGGUGUGCUACAUCUCCCGCUACACCCAGGAGAUCUUCUCCUUCCUCAUCUCCCUCAUCUUCAUCUUCGAGACUUUCAAGAAACUCAUCAAGAUUUUUGAGGAUCAUCCUCUGAGGCUGUCUUACAACACCAGCUCCACCGUUACAAAAGAGCAACCCAACACCGCCUUGCUGUCCCUCGUUCUCAUGGCGGGAACGUUUUUCAUUGCCUUCUUCUUGCGCAAGUUGAAAAACAGCAGUUUCUUUCCCGGCAAGCUUCGGCGUGUGAUUGGAGACUUUGGUGUUCCCAUAUCGAUCUUCAUGAUGUCCUUGGCAGACUUCUUCGUUAAGGACACCUAUACGCAGAAACUGCAAGUUCCGAAAGGCAUUCAGGUCUCUAAUGACACUGCCCGGGGCUGGUUCAUCAAUCCCCUUGGAGAACAUAAGCCUUUCCCCAUUUGGAUGAUGUUUGGUGCUGCUCUGCCAGCCAUCUUAGUCUUCAUCCUCAUCUUCUUAGAGACCCAGAUCACCACGUUGAUUGUGAGCAAACCUGAGAGGAAGCUGGUUAAGGGUUCGGGCUUCCAUCUCGACCUGCUUCUGAUUGUUGGCAUGGGUGGGAUAGCGGCCCUCUUUGGCAUGCCCUGGCUCAGCGCUACCACAGUGAGGACCGUCACUCAUGCCAACGCCCUGACAGUGAUGGCCAAGAGCACUGUCCCAGGGGAGAAAGCCCGGGUCCAGGAGGUGAAGGAGCAGAGGAUCACUGGACUCCUGGUGUCCGUUCUUGUAGGCAUCUCCAUUCUCAUGGAGCCGAUCCUGAAGAUGAUUCCGCUGGCUGUGCUCUUCGGUAUCUUCCUCUACAUGGGGGUGACCUCCCUCAACGGGAUCCAGCUGUACGACCGCAUCCUUCUCAUGCUGAAACCCCCCAAGUACCAUCCGGAUGAGCCUUACAUUAGAAAAGUAAAGACCUGGCGCAUGCACAUCUUCACCUUGACCCAGAUUUUGUGCCUGGGUGUGCUGUGGGGAGUGAAGUCCAGCCCGGCCUCCCUCAGCUUAGCCUUCAUCCUCAUCCUGACGGUGCCCCUGCGACGUUUCCUUCUCCCUCGCUACUUCAGUGACCUCGAACUCAAGUGUUUGGAUGCUGAUGAUGCUGAAGUCACUUUCGACGAAUCAGAAGGCUGUGAUGUUUAUGAUGAAGUUCAGAUGCCCGUUUGAGCGCCUUCCAUGCAGAUAAGGAACUAAGACCCUUUCCCCGAAAGCCCUGAACAAACACAGAGUCUGGAAGA